AAUGGUUUGUGGGUGCACAUUCUGAAAAGCUGCAUUCAUCAGGUGAACAAAGAACUGCAGAGAAUUUUUUUUUUUUUUCUGUAAAGGGCAUUUCUGCAGGUGAUGUUGGUACAAAGGAAAGAAAAAUGACUUUCACAAAAAAUGAAAGCCUGUGACUCACUGCACAAACAGCCUGAAGCUACAAUGACAAUCCCAGUUAAUGUGCUGACUUUUUUCUUAAACAGUUUGUCUUCCACUCAUUUAAAAAUGCUGCAGGUGUUUUGAAGCAGUUUGCACUGGAUGGACCAUCUAACUAACUACAGGCCAGACUGUCAGAGCUGCUGCAGGAGACAAAGCUGAUCCGCUGACUGCAGGAAGAUCAGGUGGAGGAGCUUCAUCACGAGGCUUCUGGAGCACCAGCAGCUCAGUUCUGGUCCCAUCCAGGACCUCCAGUGAAGCCGGCAAGAAAACUGGAGGUAUCUGCAUCACGACAUCAGGGCUGUCAUCAGAUGGAUUUAACGGGUCAGCUUCUGAGGAUUUAGAAGCUGGGUUUAGCCUGCAGGUGGAGUCUUCCAACAACAUGUCCUCUUCACUGGUAACUGGUUCUGGAGAUGGAAGAAGGGACGGGAGCUUAGGUGUUGUGAGAGUGUCCACAGUGACCAAGGCCAGCUACAGCUCAGGAGGGUCUGGAGAUGCAAAGAAGGGAUCGACUUCUGCCAAAAAGUACUCACCUCUUACAAUGGAGAAGAAGGUCACGUCCAUGUUGGCUGCAAAGCACUCAAAGGUCUUUGAUGGAAGUUCAAGUGGUGACUCUUCUCCAGAAAUCACGACCAAGCAAUAUGGAAUUUCAAAUGCAACUGCAAGCUAUACCAAAAGAGGGAGAACUGAGAGCAAAGAGCGUGAAAUCAGAGUCAGACUUCAGACUGCUUCUCCAACAGCAAGUUGGAUGGAGCUCAGUGAUCUGAAGCUCUCUCCUGACAACACGCUGCCGAUCCCCAAGAAAGCCAGCGUGGACACCAGGACCACGUCUGAGAGCUCUAACACAGAUUACUAUGGCAGUAUUUGGUCUGGAGGUGGUGGAAGCAGCAGCUGUGGCUUCAACACCAACACCAACAACCUGUCAGCCACCUCCACUCUUUACCAGUCAGUGACACCCGGCAGCCCGGCGAACGACGAGGUGCUGAUAGAAAAGGAGGCGGGGCGGCUGGUGACGGCCAAAGAUACGAGGAAACACUGCAUGUCUGUGGCACCCGCUGCUGCCUACUCCGAUGACCUGUUGAAGACAAAGACACAGAAGCUGUCUGCCUGCACAGCAGAUGAAGCAAAAGAUUCUUGGAAUGGAAAAACUGCCACAAAAGAUAAAGCCACCUCGGCAGAGAUCCAGAGGAAUGAAUCUGGCUUUGAAGUCUGCUCUUGCUGCAGCUGGUGGAAAUGGCUUCUGGGCUUCCUGCUCUGCCUCCUCCUUCUCCUGGGCCUCCUCUUUGGCCUCAUCGCAUUGGCUGAAGACGUCAAACGCCUCAGAAACCGUGUUGAGGCUCUGGAGUCCCUCACCGGCACUGCAGCAGUCAGGACCAGCCGCCACUCUGCCUCCUCUGGCAUCAAUAUCAUCAACCCACUGAACACAAAGUACACUGACAAAAUGACUUCCGGUUCCACCCUGAGCCACUCCAAUAAUGCAAUCGUCCUGGAGUCUUCAGGGCCAGGAAUGGGCGCAGGAAGCCAAUCGGGUCUGGACACCUCUGCCCUACAGAGAACCAUACAGCAGCUGGUCAAGGCAGAGCUCCACUCCAACACUCUAAGAGAAACCUUUGCGUACUCACUGAAAGGAGAACCAGGGCUCAAAGGUGAUCCAGGACCUCAAGGACCAAAAGGUGAUAAUGGUUUUCCAGGUGUGCCAGGUUCUCCUGGGCAAGUAGGUCAUCCAGGGUUAGAUGGUCCACGGGGGCCAAAGGGAAGUGCAGGUGAACCAGGGCAGAAGGGACGUGAUGGACCAAUGGGCCCCCGUGGAGAGACCGGACCACCAAGCUUAAGAGAAAAAGGAGAGAAAGGUUCUCCAGGUGAACCUGGACAGUUUGGUCCUGCUGGUGCUGUUGGACCUAUGGGGCCAAAAGGCGAGCGGGGACCACCGGGGCUGCAUGGAGCCAAAGGUGACCCAGGAGACCGUGGACCAUCAGGUAAACCAGGACAACCUGGACCAGAAGGCCCAGCUGGAGCAAAGGGAUCUAAAGGGACUGCUGGUAUCAGUGUUCCUGGACCUCAAGGUGAAAAGGGAGAGCCUGGCAGCUUUGUUCCUACUUCAGAAACCUUCUUUGCUGGACCACCAGGACCUCCGGGACCCCCAGGCCCAAAAGGUCCAACAGGUGAUCCAGGACCACAAGGGUACAGAGGUUUCCCAGGUCAGCCUGGACCCAGGGGGCCUCCUGGAGCUCCAGGACCAGUAGGACAAACUGGAUCUCCAGGCCUUCCCUUCCCACAAGAGUCACACAGACCCAAUGGUCCACCAGGAAGAAAUGGCAGACGUUCUGGGUCAGCUGAUCUGAGGCAGUACAUUUCAGAGUAUCUACAGGGUAGAGGAUAUGACAGUGGGUCUCCUGGCCCUCCAGGUUCACCUGCUGCAAUUUCCGUGAAUGACAUCAUUAAUAUACUGCGGCGAGAUGAAGUCCAGAGACACUUUGUUGUGCCUCCUGGAUCACCUGGACCUUCAGGACUAAUAGGUCAAGUAGGAAUUCCAGGUCAACUUGGAACUUGUGGACCUUCAGGAUUCAACAGUGACACACUGGACACAAGCGGGGUGGCUGAACGUGUCCUUGGCAUUAUGAAUGAGUCAGGAAUGUUAGCUGUUCCUGGACCUCCUGGAGCUUCAGGUCCUCCUGGGAACAUUUCUACUGACCGUUUUCCAGGAUAUCAAGGACAAGUGGGACCUCAGGGGCUUCCUGGUGCCCUGGGUUUUCCUGGUCUACAAGGGCCACCUGGGCCAGCAGGGCUACCAGGCCCACCAGGAUCGCCAAGACUGGGGAACUAUGCCAGCCCAGACAUUCAGGAGUACAUCCAGAGUGUUGCACUCAGAGGUCCUCCAGGACCCCCUGGUCCCCCAUUAUCUCAGGGCCCUCCUGGUGUCAUCCGUGGACUUGUUUCUUAUGCUGAGCAUGACAACAGAGAGGCACUUAAAGCAGAAUUACAAGAGUAUAUCAAGACCCAUGGAGCCAUUGUAGGACCACCUGGGAGGCCAGGUCCCAAAGGAGACAGAGGAGAAUACGACACACGGGUGAUGACGAGAAGAAAGAGAAAUGUCGGGACAUGAAAUCCUGAGUUAUCUGAUCCACAAAGUCUUUCGACUCAGGAACAAGUUGUACUUGUGAAAUCAGGGAUGAUGUACAGUGUUUUGUUUUUCCUUUUUCUUCUUUUUGAAAGAAACUUAUGGGGAAACUUUUUUGUUAUUUUAAUGAACGAAGAGUCAACUUUCAUAGUUAUGUGAA